AGUACGAGUCCAUAGUAUGUUUGCGCAUGCGCUCUUAUCUGCCGCAAGAUAUACGCACAUGCAACGAAACAAAGAGAAAGACCGCCAUUACUAGAAAAAAGCAAAAGUGACACCGAAGACAACUCUGAUUCAGUUUUGUCCGGAUCCGCACAAAUGAGUGAGCUGGAUUUGUUCGAUGGUCUUGUUUCACUCGCUGAGCAAGAUCGUAUAGAUACCGUUACUCCAAAGAUGCAAGCAGUUAAGUCAAAUCAAGACGCCCGACUUUUGGGGUACAUUUCUCAAAAGAACAUGAAAGUUAUUUCAAUUGUCAAAGAAGAACAAUCUCAGAAAGACAAACAGUAUGCACCGUGCAUGUCCAGAAAUGCUAUAAAUGCACGGGAAAACCGACAGAAAAAGAAAGAGUAUGUAAAAAAUCUAGAGCAAUCCGUUGACACGUUGAAGUCGGAAAAUUCGGAAUUGAAAAAUGAGUGCGAGUCUUUGAAAAAAACUGUAACAGACCUCAGUGAUGAGGUAGAGUACUUAAAGGGUGUACUUGCUAAUCAGUCCACAUUAGCAUCUAUUCUACACAAGAUAUCUGAUAUCCCAGGGCUGUCACUGUCUACAUCAUUUAAAACAACAGAAAAAAACAAUAAUUCAGUCAUAUCCCAACCCAAACGUUCGAAUCAAAAAAGGUGUUUAGAAAAUCAAGAGAACGAAGGAAAAAACAAUGUAUCUGAGUCUAAAAAAUGCAAGGUUACAAGGUCAUCUUCCAAACAGGCACAGCAGUCCACCAAAAAUGGUUCAUCUACAAAAGGUAUAUGUGAGAAUUCAGCUGAAAGUGUUGAUAUGUCUACAAAUUCCAAAGGCAUUUGUUUGCACAUUUCUGGAUCUUCAGUCUCUGUGGAAUUGUGUGAAGUGUGUUCAAAGAAAUCUAAAAAGAACCAGGAAAAAGACCACAGCUAUGGCAAAAUCAGUGUUUAAAAAGUGAUCAAUUAAUCAUAGAAUAAAGAAGUGAAUAUCAAAAGAUUAACCAUAAGCAGUUUUUACCACAACAGCCGUUCUAAAUUUAUGAAAUGCUUGUUUUCUGUUUAUGAUUUUAGUUUGUACAUUUGAAAUGUUUAUUUGGUUUUAAAGCAUUGUUAUUUGAAUGUGUUUUGCUUAAGAACAACAAAUCAAAAAAGAAUGUUGCCCAUAUUUUUCUGAAAAAUGAAUCUAAACAAAUCUGUUUACAAUUACAGCUCAACCUCCAUUGACAAGAUUGUUGGGGAAAUUGUCAUCUAAACGGUGGAGUAUAAAUAAAAACUAAUGUAUGUGUCGUGAUUUGAUAUUUUUUUUUAGGUUUGCAUUUAAUUUUCUGUUUAAGUCAUGAUACUUUAUCAUUUAAACUUUGGGAGAACCCGGGAAAAGGGGCAAGCGACUCUUCUUUAUAAUUUCACCUAUUUGAUUUUAUUAAUGCUUUACCACUAGUUUACAAAAAAUAUAUAUAAUGCUGAUUUGAAAUCACAAAUUAACACCCUCCCCCCUAAAAAAAAAUUUAAAAAAAUUAAGUACAAUUUAUGUGAAAAAUUGCAUAUUUAAUGUAUGACUUUAUUUUCUCUUUCAGUUGAUGACCAGAAUGACUAUCUUAAGCUAGUGUUGGCUUGAGAAGCGAGUGUUUAAGAGAAGCGAUACCAAUUGUUUUCAUGAACAUGAAGAGGAUGUGAUUGACAUUUUAUAAACAAGUCCAGAAGCGCUGCAUGAUGCUAACAUUGGUGUAAAAUGUAAGUAAUAAUGUAAGUGAUGUGUGAUCGGACGUUCUGGAAAGACUAUUAUGUUGGUUGGAGGGAUAAAUAUGUUGACUUCAGCUUAUAAAAAAAUGUAUAUAUCUCUACACUGUACAAUAUUGUGAACAUUAAAUAUUGUGAAGUUGC